ACCUACUGCUUCUCGUGCCCGGAAAAUCCGGAAAAGGCUGUCAGUAUUCGAAAACGAUUGUAGCCGGAGUAGCAGUAGAAGUCGAAGAAGCUGAUAUUCUAAAGGUCGGUUCGGCUUAUGAAACGACGACGUGGCUUGUACGAGCAAUGCUGUCACGUGUCUCGCGGCGAGCAGUCCUGUCAGAAUUGAUCAGUCGUUCCGCCACAGCGAUGGCGAUCGACGAUUGGCGAAUGUAGGUGAGCGAAGCGGCUGGCGAACUCAAGCAAAAUCGCUUGAAAGGGACGACUAAAGCGUUGUCGUUUGACGGGGUUACAGAAUUCGCCGUUUGACGAAUACAGGAGAACCUUCUCAAGUUGGUUGUUUCCUAGAUUCCAUGACGAGAACGGCUGCCAGCAAUUGGCGAAUUUAGGUCUGCCAGGCGAUUUCUUGAGGGGUCACGCGCCGUAGUAGUAGCCAGAAGGACCUGCAUUUGAGUCGACUCAAAAGUAGCAGAAGGACCGGGUCCUGCCGUUGUAGGCAUUUGAGACGUUGCGAAACGACCAUUCGAGGGUAUUCGUAGUAACCAGUCGAGGUGCUGCUGUUGCUGUGGAGAGGAUUCUCAAUUCUGCGCCUCAAUUAGAGUCGAGUUUCGACCUUAGGGGGGGGGGGGGAAGGUUCAGGCACGCACCUUAGUAUAAGGGCGUCGCUCAUAUCCUGCCGGAAAGGAGACAGUUGGAGAUAGUUGAAAGACGACCCGAUACCCUUCCUAUGGCGGCUCAUUGUCGCAUUUCUCCUGGAAUGAAGCCGCUGACGUGGCGGGAACUACCGUCCUUGUCCGUGCUGGUGGUGGUGCUGGCGCUUGCAGCACCGCAUUGCCAUGCCGCUGCCUCGUCAGUAGCAGCAGUCGCAGCAGCAGCGACAGAACCCGCAGCAGCAGCAGCAGUCCCAACAGCAACAGAAAACACAGCAGCAGUCCCAGCAGUCCCAGCAGCAGCAGCAAUAGAACCCGCAGCAGUAGCAGCAGUCCCAGCAGUCCCAGCAGUCCCAGCAGCAACAGAACCCGCAGCAGUAGUAUCACCACCGGCAUUGUCACCACCAGCAUUGUCACCACCAGCAUUAUCACCACCAGCAUUAUCACCACCAGCAUUAUCACCACCAGCACCACUACCAUCACCAUCACCACCAGCAUUGUCACCAGCUGCAGCAUCUGAUCUUCGGCCUCUUCUCCCGACCAAUCAACCAUCUGCCGAGCCUUCUCUCUCCGCUCCCAAGCCUGAUUCUGAACCCCUCCCAGCUCCCGAACCUGUUUCCAAGCCUGUUUCCGAGCCUUCACCUCCACCUCCCGAACCUGCUGCCGAGCCAUCCCUGCCUGCACCACUACCCUCCACACCCGCCGAACCAUCCCAGUCGGCACCACUGCCACCUUCUGCCGAACCAUCCCUUCCUGCCCCAACUCCUCCUUCCGAACCAUCUGCUGCACCACCCUCCGAACCUCCCGCCGAGCCUCCCUCCGAACCUCCUUCAGAGCCUCCUUCCGAGGCACCUGCGUUAGGCUCGGAAGAGGAGGAGGAGCCGUUGCCAGCUGUCCCCGAGCCUAGCUCAGUGGUGUGCCAGCUGGCAGACUAUGUCAGGGUGUCUGGUCCCUGCCAAGGCCGCGAGCGGCGGAUCUCCUUCAAGAAAGUGCGCAACUGCACCGACCCCUUUCAGCUGGACCUCUCCCCGCGCCCAGAGCCCUGCGAUUGCACACCGGAGGACUAUGAGCGCAAGUACCUUAAGUCGGAUAACGGCUCCUGCGCCCUUUCUUUCCAGCCCACCAACUGCGAAGGGGGAGACUCCAACUGGGAAGUACCAGCGGACCCCCUCUUUUGUGAGCUAGCCCCUGUGGCGUGCAGCGAGGCCAACAUCCGCACCAUCCAUGGCAAGUGCGACUUCAUCCGAGACCCAACUACCAAUAAGGCUCUCAGCAAAGAGAAGACCAUCCAGGUGAUUUACUACUUUGACAGCGGUUGCAACCCCACGGCACAUGGCUCAGUGCCGCUGCCAUCGCCUGGAUACAUCCCCUGCGAUAUGACCUGUCCUGCUGGUUCCUACCUGCAUGGAGACAAGUGCCGCAAGUGCAAGCCCGGCACCUACAGCAUGGGGGGAGGGAUUCGCUUCGACGCUUUCUAUGAGCUUGAUGAUAGGUUAUUCCGGACGGAUUGCACCCAUUCCAACUCUUCCGGCUCAUUCAAGUGCGACGGCUGGUAUGCGUCGGAGGGUCAGCUCAAAGUUGGCCCAUACGACCCGCCCAAUGACUGGUACCCCGACGACUGCUCCUUGGGAUCCUACAACUGCCACAACAAUCUGCGCUCGUCGCUGCGCAUGCAAGUUGAAUUGAUUCGAUGGGGCUACAUCCGGUAUCGCUUCACAGUGAGUGCGGAGCACAAGUUUGACGGGCUGCUCUUCUUCCUUGACUCAUCACCAGAGCCCGUUAUGGGGCUGGAGUCCAACCAGUUUGAUCCCAUGGAAGUACAGAUAAUGCUGGAGCCAGGCGUGCACACAUUGGAGUGGGUGUAUUACAAAGACUCCAAGUGGACCAAGGGGAGAGACACAGCUGCGCUGCAUCUCAUAGAGGUGGAUGGCAUUGACUACACCGACAGGCAGUGCUUCCCGUGCCAAGCAGGGUUCUACAGCGAGGAGGGCUCUAGUGAGUGCGCGGCAUGCCCUGUGGACCACUACUCCCAGGAGGGCUGGCCAGAGUGCAAGCCAUGCAAUGCUGACCAGUACGCGCAGACGCCGCCUCUAGCCAACUGCACUGCCAGGCUCCCGUGCAACGUGACAACGGAUGCCGCCCCUACCUAUGGCAACUGUAGUGCGGAGGACAACCAGAGGAUAAAGACCUGGGCAUGGCUCACUCCCCACAUCUGCAUGCCCCUCUCAGCGGACAACGACCUUCCUGAUGACACCCGCGAGCCAUGCCCCCCAUGCCCCUCGGGUCAAUACGCCGUGGAGGACAGCACCACUCGCACCAGACUCUGCCGCUUCUGCCCAGAGGGCUUGGCACGAAACGCCUCUGUCUCCCUCACUGACAAGGCAUGCCACAAGUGCCCCCCGGGGGAGGUGGCAGUGAAGGCUUUAACAAUGGACCAUUUCGAGUUGCACAAGGGGAAGCUUCCUGAUGGCUUCGUGACGGGUUGCAGCGGCGAGUGCGGUUCCCUGGGGUGGAGAGUGGUGAACGGAAAGCUGGACUCAGGGAGCAACCACGGCAAGAGUGCCUCUGUGUGGCUGUCCUAUGACGUCAGCAUGGCCGUGGAUGGGCAUUUGACAUUCGCUUACGAUGUGGACAUACCGAGGGGCGACCUGCAGAGGGGGCUGUUCUUCUACAUCGAUGAUGACCUGGUCGAGAAUAUCGAGGAUGAGGCAGGCGUUGCCUCAGCGCCAGCCGGCCCGUCAACCAGCGACACCUGGCGGCUGCCAGCUGGCAGCCACAGCCUGAUGUGGAUCUGGGUGACGCUCAACGCUGACAAGGCGAUCGCCAAUCGGGACUCCGCUGAGAUCCUCGACAUUGCGGUGUGGGGCAGCACGCUGGGGGGAGCGCCUGCCUGUGUGCCCAUUCCAGCAGGGACAGCCCCGGACCCCACCACCCACACCUGGAAGCCUUGUCCUCCUGGGCAGUACAGCGAGGGGGCAGGUCUACCUUGUGUCAAAUGCCCUGCCAACACCUUCAACCCUAAACCCAAGGGCACUCAUUCCUCCUGCCUCCCUUGUGGACCUGGCACCUCAUCUCUCCCUGGCAGCACUGCCUGCACUGUUGGUGACGUCACUGUCGCCUCCUCCUUCUGCACAUUCCAAGUAGCUUCCGAACCACCCACCAGCAACAGCGCUACCAGCAGCACUAGCAGCAGCGCAAACAGCAGCAGCAGCAGCACCAACACUAGUGAUACUAACACCCCCACAACCCCCCCCACCAGCACUACCACCACCGCUACCACUACCACUCCCUCACCCUCCUCCCCUCCCAUCGUGUAUGAUCUCUCCCCUCUCUCGCGCCUACAUCCUGGCCGCAUGUUCGGGCCGAUCUUCGAGGAUCCAACGGUUGCGGAUCGCCAGCAUGGGCCACUGUACUUCGUGUCUGUGUGUGUGACGCCAGGAGAGAACGUAGAGGGCAUAGAAGGAGAGGGGGAGGACAGGGAAAGAGGGAAAGGAGGGCAAAACACAGGAGGCGGGCACAAUAUGGAGGAGGGGGGUGGUGAGGAAGGCAAGGAGGGGAAGAAGGGGGAGGGAGGGGCUUUGGAGUGCACGGAUUCUGAGGGGAAGCCCAUAGCCACCAUGGCAUGUCGGGUGAAUCCUCAGGUGAUGUUGGACGAGCAGCACCGUCCUUCCCACAGCUUAGGAGAUAGGGUAUCCCUCCGAGCCCUCUCUUACCCCCUCUCCCGCCUCCCAGACCCCCUGCUGGCGCGGAGGGGGCUGGAGAUGGUGCUGGAAGGGGAAAGAUGCCCGUUCUCUGGGCAGGGAGGGGGCGGGAGGGAGAGUAGCUGGGGGAUGGGGGACGAUGGGGAGAAGGAGAAGGGGAAGGGGAAGGGGAAGGGGGACGGGAUGGAGGAGAAGUAUGGGAGGCUGGCGAUUACCUUCAUCUGUGACCCGAAUGCAGGAAUCGGCCACCCCGCUCCCUGGACGGAGGGAGGCAGGCAGGCAGCCUUCAACGCCUCCCUCCCCUUCCCUGCCUGGGCUAAGAGGGGGGGCGACAUAGUCCCAGUCACACAGGGGGCAGGGGACGGGCUGGUGCCCGGGUGUGCGUUUGACAUGGUGUGGUACAGCGCGUAUGCGUGCCCCCUGUGCUCCGAGGGCGAUGUUCAAGAGGUGAAGGUGGCUGACUGCCGCAACAACAAGCGGUCGACCUACAAGUACAAGCAUCCAAGGGUGUGUCAACCCAAUGCCCAGGCCCCUCUUCCCCCCGACCAGCUAUGCGCACCGUGCACUGUAGACGACUACAGUAAAUUCGAAGAAAGCUGCACCGACAGCACGGGCAGCCACAACAUCUCCUACUCCUGGAACCUGCCCAAAACCUGCAGCGAGAACCUGCCCGAGGCCGUGAAGCUGCCCGAAAAUACUCUCGCGGGCCCGUGCGACCUCGAGAUCCGUUACAUCCCGGCGAAAUACCUCGCUCCAAAAUACAUCAUAAUUACUGCAAUUGGAGCUGUAACGAUCGUGGUGCUGGCGGUGAUGUCGGUGGUAACGUGGUUACGCAGCCGGCGAGUGUACUCCAUGUACUCGCGACUGGUAGCAGAGGAGGUGCAGCUGGAGGCAGAACUGGCAGCCAUGGCUGAGGAAGCAGACCAGGAGCGAGAAGACAUGCUGUUUAACAGGGACUCAAGCUACCCAUUAUAGGGAGGUUGCUUUUGAGUCGACUCAAAACCAGCUUCUUAGUUGACUCAACCGAGAGCGAGAUGGUAUGCUGUUCAACCCAGGCUCAAGGUACCCGUUAUAGGGAGGUCGCUGCAACUUGUGCAGGUGGAAGCAGAACGGGCAGGCAUGGCUGAGGAAGCAGAUGGAGAAAGGGGGAUAUGCUGUUCAACCGGGAUCCAAACUACAGGGAGGAGGCGUCACUGUGUGACGUCUUUGUGAAGUGAAUCUAUCCAAACGCGCUUUCGCAGUAGUGUAAGGGCAUGCCCUUCGUGGUUCUUUAUGGAUGUAUUGAAUUCAACUGUUGCUGUCAGGGUCAGGGAGCAUUCUUGGGCCCCGUGUCUGGCCAGCCUCGCAUCCCAAUCCGUGCUCCAAACAUUUGCACCAUGCAGUAGCACACGAGCCACGCACCUCAUGUCUGGAUGUGUGCUGAUUGGAUUUGUUCAAACCCUUAUGGCCUAAGUGUUUCUGCACAUGCUGCAGCUUCCAGCAGGGCUUUUCAGCAAACAAGUGGAUCAUCCA